GGUUUCGGUUCGGUUUACAAUUCGAACCGGAUCGUGGGCAGGUUGAAGAUCAAUCUGUAGUCCAGCUUACUAGUCAACCCCUCAACCAAAAACGAGAAAAUUAAAAGGCUCAAGCUUUGUUACUGGAGGAUUCAUUUUAUGCAUGCUCGGAAAUGGCUGGAGGAGUGAACAGGAAGAUAUCUGCGGCUUCCGCUAGAGCUCACACUAGACGAGCUAAGCAAAACAAUUCUCUUAAGCUUCCUCCUGGGGUUUUUUCAAAAAUACUAUUGCUCUUGCUUGUGGGGAUUUUGGCUUGGGCAUAUCAAGUGAUCCGACCUCCUCCACCCAAGAUUUGUGGUUCACCAGAUGGGCCUCCUGUUACAGCAUCAAGAAUAAAGCUUAGAGAUGGGAGACAUUUGGCCUACAAAGAGCACGGUGUCACAAGAGAUCUGGCCAAGUUUAAAAUUAUUGUUGUCCAUGGUUUUCGUGCUUGCAGACACAAUCCUUCUGUUGCCAAUCAUCUUUCACCGGAAAUUGUCAAAGAAUUAGGGGUCUACCUUGUGUCAUUUGACAGACCAGGUUAUGGAGAGAGUGAUCCUCAUCCAAAACGAACAUUGAAAAGUUUAGCUUUAGAUAUUGAAGAACUUGCCGAUCAACUGGGACUUGGAUCCAAAUUCUAUGUAAUUGGCUAUUCCAUGGGGGGCGAGUUGACUUGGAGCUGUCUCAAGUACAUUCCUCACAGGCUAGCAGGUGUAACACUAUUAGCUCCAGUUAUUAACUACUGGUGGCCUGGUUUUCCUGCAAACCAAUCUAAUGAAGCCUACAACCAACAAUUUGCACCAGAUCAGUGGGCUCUCCGUGUUGCCCACUACACCCCGUGGCUAACCUAUUGGUGGAAUACUCAAAAGUGGUUCUCUGGUUCUACUGUUAUGGCUAGUAGUCCUGAUCUUUUCUCUCACCAAGACAAAGAAGUUUUAGCAAAGCUUUCAAUGGAAAAGAGUUACAUGGAAUAUAUGACACAGCAAGGAGAAUAUGAAUCCCUCCAUCGUGACAUGAUGAUUGCAUUUGGCAGCUGGGAAUUCGAUCCUAUGGAUCUGGAUAAUCCAUUCCCUAAUAAUGAAGGUUCUGUUCAUCUAUGGCAAGGAGAUGAAGAUCGUUUUGUUCCUGUUAUGUUGCAGCGCUACAUCGCUCAACGACUUCCCUGGAUUCACUAUCAUGAGCUACCUGGUUCUGGGCACUUGUUUCCUUUCAUUGAUAGGAUACCUGAUAAGAUUAUAAAGGCAAUGUUAACAGAAGAGUAGUGAACUUUCACAUUGUUAAUGUACUAUCUCAGGUCAGAUCUUUUGUUGUUAUCUUCUGUUGUCCGAGCUAAUGAUUUGAAGUCUCUAUGUCUUGUUUUUGUUAUGUAUGAUAAAUUUUGUUCUAGUGUCUUACAAUUGAAUAUCUGGGAUUUUUAUUUGGAUUUGAA